CUGCGAGCCUUUCCUGGUUUUCAGAUACCCCGUGGGGCAGUGCUUCUCACAAGCCGAGUCCGGAGACGCGCUGUCCGUAUGAGAGAAACUCAGGCUCGAACGGUGGGUGGCCGGGACCAACGGGUCGAUAUGGCGCGUCUGUUAUCACACUCGUUCCACAUCGUCAGAUUCGCUUUGGGGGAAUGUGGGAAGAGAAGUGCAUUACUAUGUUGAUGAAUGGUUAGCAGAAAAUUAGUCGCAGAGAAGGGGACCGCUUCAAAUGACACAACAAUGCAUGGCGGCGGUAGGUCCCUGAUAAGUACUGGACCAGCAGUCUGGACGAUUUCUGUCCCUCCAGUCUAGCCACCCAGACAUUACCAAUCCUCCCCUCAGGGGCCUACGAUCCAGAGCCGUCCAGCUUACGUACACCCCCCAGUUCUUUGGAAGCCUACGUGAUGCCGCCAAGCCCCACGGAUCAGAUAUACGCACCGCCAGGAUGGCCAAGUACUCCUCUGCCAACGGGUGUCUCGGUCGAGGAUCUCCCCAUUUCUGAUCCUCACUGUACGAACGAUACCUGCAGGGCAUUUCGGGAGGGGUUUGCUGAGGACCAAAAAGUCACCCCGCUGUUAGGACUUCUGGAGUACGGGAAAUGGACCGUAUGGUUCUACUCGUUCUGGAUACUACUCUUUACGGCGAUCUACGUGUAUCACCAGGUACAAGAUCGAGUACCACGAAGGAAUGAGCGGUCAAGAAAAAUUUCACCAUCCUGGAGGGACAAGCUGGUUGCACUUUUCCGGUUUUGCACAUACCGGCGACCUGAUAACUGGUUGACAAGAUCGAUUGGACUACGACAGGUUUCUUACGGUGUUCUUAUGCUUCUCGCAUUCGCAACUAUCUUCUUUACAAUCUUGCCUUGGCCGCAGCGACCGUACCUCCGUGCGCUGUUCAGAUAUGGAUCCCCACCGUUGUCGGUACGAUGUGCGUUCAUCAUCUCUGCACUAACGCCUCUAACUGUGGCGUUGGCCGGGAAAGUCAAUGUCAUUACCUGGAUGACUGGCGUUGGAUACGAAAAGUUCAAUGUAUAUCAUCGAUAUGUGGCCUAUGUAAUAUUCAUUUUUGCAACUAUUCACACUGUACCGCACUUUGUCUCCCCAGUCAGAGAUGGAGGCUGGAGCAUGCUCAACUCGUUGUACGCGAACGAGAGGCGCGAACUAUCAGGAACCCCUUUGUACUUUGCCACCUUUGGCCUCGCAUUCUUCUCCAUUCCUUUGGUGCGCAAAAGGUUCUAUGAGGCGUUCAAGUACUUGCAUAUUUUCCUUGCUGUAGCAUACAUUGGUCUCUUCUGGUGGCACAUCUGGGGGGAGUACAUGAGCCCAAAUUACCUGUACGCUACGCUUGCUGUAUUGUUCUUCUCUAAUAUCCUGCGCUUGGUGCAACGACAUAGAAACCUCCGAUAUGUGGCAAAUAUGAAUGGCUGGACGACGACCAUCACGCAUCUCUCGGGGAACAUGACGAGAGUAGCAGUGUCUGUUCCGACAUCGAUGAAAUGGAAGCCCGGCCAACAUGCGUUCCUUCGAAUGCCGAGUUUGAGUUGGAUCGGUAACCAUCCCUUUACCAUCGCCAACAUCCCUUCGGCCGCUCUCGAGCGAAAUAGCCACGAGAUGAUCUUCCUCGUACGACGACAAAAAGGCUUCACGAAGAAGCUCUUUGAGACAGACAAGGGAACUCCAGAAGAUACUGGACGAACCUCGCCCCCAUUCUUCAAUUUCGAUUUCGAAAAAGGCAAAGCCAUCAGCGUAACCGGUGAGAAAACUAAACAUCGCCACGACACCGAAUGCAUCGAAAAUACCAUCACCAUAACCGAGCAAGAAGUCGAAUCGCCCCUCUCUCCUCUUUCCCAAUCCUCCUUUCCUAUCAUCUCACCCCCAAAACCACAACGCCAACGGAGAUCAUCCUCCUCUUCCUUCCCUCUCCGCGACGAAAUAACUACCCACAAACUCCACACCAUCGCUUGUAAAUCCGGGGUGUCCUCCCCCCUCCGAACGAUCAUCGAUGGCCCAUACGGCACGCACCGCCGUCCCAUCCACAAACUCUUCGAUACAGUAAUCUGCAUCGCCGGCGGCUCAGGUAUCACAGCCUCUAUGCCGCACAUCCUUUCCCUAACAACCCAUCUCCGCAACCAACAGAAAGACAAGAUCCUGGCAACCCGGCGCAUCCAUCUCAUCUGGGUUAUCCGCGAUUCGGAGUGGGUGAAGUGGAUUGAAGAGGGACUUACCGAGGCUGUUAAGAAUAUUCAAAAUCAUCCGAAUCCGAAUAAUGCGAGUUUUACUGUGGAUAUUUUCAUUACGAGGGAGAGGGCACUUGCGGAGAGUGCGAGCACGAGCGAGGAUGAGUUGAGUCCGUGUGUGAGUCCUGUAGAUCCGACGGGGAGGGGGAGGAGGGGAAGUUUGCCGUUUUCGGAUAAGGUGUUUGAAGCUCUUGGGGUGAGUGAGAAUGGGGAGGUAGAUAGGCUGCCGGAGAAACCAAGACCCGUGCUGAGGAGGUUGAAUGGCGGGAUCGGCCUGUUUGACGAGGAAGUGCAUUUUGGGGUUGAAAGUGGGAGUGGGAGUGGCAGUGAGAAGGGCGAAGAGAGUGCGAAAAGGGGUGUCAGUGUUGCGAUGCAUUAUUGUAGGCCGGUCGUUGCGGAUGUAGUGGAGGGGUAUGUUAGUGGUGAUCGGGCGAUUGUGUUAGGUUGUGGUCCACCCUCUCUAUCCGCUGAUCUUGCAAACACAGUUGCGAGGUUACAGAAUCGCGUACUGAGAGGUGAGAUGAGGGAGUUGAAAUUGGAGAUUGAGACGUUUGGCUGGUGAUCAAUUUGACCACCCUGAGGACAAUCUUGCAGCCCCAAACAGUGUAUCUCGGUGUAGUUUGAUACCAUUCCUUCCAUAUGUUCUCUUGCACUGCAUAUCUAUCAUACAUAGCAUUUCUAUUGGUUAGUGGACAGGGCAGACAUCUUAAGAGUGGCUGCAUCACGGCGUGCAUGCACAGGAGACUAGGGAUCGCUGGGUGUUGUAAAAGGCGCCAUUGUCCUACACAAAGUGUACGUGGCUUAGGGAUGAGAGGUUAGAGGUGCAAGUCAACAUCAUUGUAGUGAGGUACGGAUUGCACUAUACAGACUCACCACCGACGACAACGCCCUACGAAAAGGGUGGCAUAUGCCGCCGAAAAUGGCGGCAGAACGUAUAUAGCUUUUUAAUACAAACGUAUUAAUAUUUCCUUA